UAGGGGCUCCGGAAAUUUCAGGACCAGAGGCGGUAAUAAUUGAUCCAGGUGGAAGAGCAAUAGAUGGAUCAAAAACACCCACAGACCCUGAUUGUCCAGGGAAAGUGCCUGAAAUUGUCGAUCCUUCGUAUAUGGUAGGAUCACCUGCUGAUGGUGAAUAUCCAAAACCUGCUUCUGGUUGGGCAACGCCAGCUGGAUCUGAAAAACCUCCAAAUCCUAUUGGUGGUAAACUUGCGACUGCGCUCGUUCCAGUUGUUGGAGCGUCAAGAAUGGUUACCUCUGUAGGAGGUGCUGCUUCAAAACCAGUGCCGGUUGCCCCCGUAGCAGGUGUAUCAACGUAUGGUUCACCUAGAACGGCAAUAUCGACUCCAUCGACAAUUCCUGGGGCAGGUGCAGCGCCUCCCGCUGCUGCCUCUUGCGCUGUUACUAUUGCCGAUUCUGGUAAGGUUAAAGUCGCUUCUAAACCGGAUUCAAUUGGGGGGCCCCCAGAAGUGUACACUCUUCCUGCAGAAGUUGAAGGUUCUGUUAGAGAAACAAUUUCUCCAGCCGCUGUUUCUGCAACAAGUACUGGUGGGGCUUCAGUUACAAUUUCCCCUCCAAUUAUUAAUGCUCUUCCUGAUCCAAUGGAAGUUGUUUCUGGAAUAGGUGCUGUAGAUGAACUUUGA